GACCGCCGUGUUUCUUUCUGACUGUCACUCAACUCUACCUGUUUGAUUGAUUUCUGUGAUGCACAGUAGGAAGUUUCAUUAUCAUCUUAUGUCUUAAAAUGUAAAAUAUGGGAGUGAAAUAAUACUGUUUUCACUGUCGAGUCUGAUUGACUCGGUCAUACCGAGCUGGAAUCAUGUUGCCUGGCGUGUUUUACGCAUUAUUGGCGGGGUUUCUGGCAGCUUUAGCAUCAUCUUCUGCUAAGCUGUCCCUGGGUGCUGAUUACCUGAAAGAUGUAUGUGAAACAGGGCUGAAGAUCUGGACAGAUGGACAGGAAAACACUGAUGGCGUCGAAGCCACAGCUUGUGACUGGUUACAUAUACCCCUGCGGCUGCUUUGUGGUGGUCUUCUGUUCACCUGCAAUGCUGUGAUCUGGACCUUCUUCGCCAAAGCACUCAGGCACUCGUCUUCCUCUGCCCGGGCCACUGUGACCACCACUGCCUCAAAUUUUAUCUCCUCUGCUUUUCUUGGACAUGUGAUUUUUGGUGAAACCCAUGCCACGUUGUGGUGGGUUGGUAUCGUUUUGACCCUGACAGGGCUUCUUGUCUUGCACGGAUCAACUCCUCAGGCUCCACAGGAAAAUGUGGAUAAGAAAUACGAGUGACAGAAGAAUACAUUGAGCAACAAUGCCUUAUCCAAUGCUUGAAGUGAAAUCAAUCAAGUGAAAAAAACACUAAGAGCUAAUAUGAUUUAUUUAUGCACAGCUGAAUGAUAGAAUUAUCUAUGCUAAAUUUAUAUAUAUUUUUAGGGAUUGUUUUCUAAAAGCUCUUUUGUUAAUUUAUUUUUAUGCAUCAGUGCGAAUAAUGUGACCAAUUACAUGAUGCAAAGCCUUUAAAUGUGUGUGACUUUGAGCCUAUAUCAUGCAAGUUUAUACACUUGGUUAUUACUAUGACUUGAAAAAAGGUUAAUGAUAAACAUUUUUGCUGGGUAUUUGACCAAAUGUAGCAGUGUAUCUCAAAAAGACAUUUUGUUUCACCUCUUAUUUUUCUCUGAGACAUCCUUUUUCAUUUCCAAGUCUUUUAAAGCAAAACUUGGAACUUACACUCUAUUUAGAACUUUGUUUUGAAAAGGAUGCGCACACCGAUAGUGGUUAAAUGUUUUUGGCUAUUAAAUGUCUAUUGUGUGUCAAUCCAC